GUUGCAUUAUAGUUGAAAGUGUGGAGUGGUUGAUGCUGAGUAGGUAGGUGUAAUACGUGAAAUAAAUUCAAACUCAAUAGUUCAGUGUAAGUGUUAAUUUAAUAAUUAAGUGUUAGUCAAUCGAAUAAUAGUAAAGUGUUUGUUGAAAAUGGCCACUGAAGCUCAAAGAUUAAUCGGAAUAUCGUUAACAAAAAUCGCACAAUCACGCGCCAAUCGUGGUGGCGUCAGCCUUCAUAAAAACUUGUUGGUAGCUACUGUACUGCAGAAAGCACGUUAUGUAUUUAUGGAGGAAGCGUACAACAUGGUCCAUUAUCAAUCUCCAGCGCCAGUCUCUAUUGCUCCAAGGAUGCAACAGUCGGAAGAUUUAGUUGGUCUUACCGCCGAAGAAGCUGGCAUCGACCCUAUUUCAUUAUCGGAGGAUGUAGAAGAAGCGUCAACAAGUGAAACUUCGUUGCCGGACUUUCUGCAGCCGUGCGUUAAGUGUAGUGAAACGCAAGACAAGGAAAAUCAACCCCCUCCAUAUCACUCAUCCAGUGAACUUACUUACCUCGAUUUAGACAAAAGUUCCAAUGUGUUAAGGGAGCGUAGUAAUAGUGUUGGUUUAAAAAGAAGACGCGCGAUUGCCGAGUGGGAAACCGAGGAAGCGGUGCAGAGUAUUUUGCCUAAACGAAGUCGAUCUGAAGAUGAUAGUGACGGCGAAGAUUCUGUGUUUUUGGGUGACGCAACUGUUCUUUCAGAAUCAGUUUCGAAGGAUAUUCAAAAUGAAAGAGUUCAAGAUACUAUCGAUUCUAACUCUAGCGGCUCGUCGAUGGAAAUUGAUCGGAUAACAUCUUUAGUGUCAAUAUUUAGUUUCGGUAUGAGUGAAAGUGGCAAAUUGAGCCGAUCCAUGUCCACUCCGGAUUUGUGUUCGGCACAAGCCAAAGACACGGACGAUGCCUUACAACAAAGACCAUUUCUAGCAAUGACUGUUUAAAAAGUUGUAAUGGUAAUGAACUAGUGUGGGAAUGUUGGAUAUACAUACUGCCAUAGCUGCCAGUCUCAUCGUCACAGAGGUUUUUAAAGUUUUCAAUUAUUGGAAAAGUUUUUUGUCUGCCAAGGUUGUGUACAAAAAUAGUUUAUGUAGAUUAAGUGUAGGAAAUUUCCGGAGACUUUCAGAAAUGCGACGUGAUCUCUCUUUUGCAACGAUGUUCAAUAAUUAUUCGUCCUUUCAUUAUAAGUACUUACGUUUCUGUAUCAAUUUGUCCGAUCCAUUAACUUUUUGAUUUUUAAAAAAUGUGAUUUUAUUACAUUUUGGAAUGUCGCGCCUCAAUGAUGAGUUUCUUUUUUUAUUUUUUUAUGGUAUCAGUAUAAUAUACCUUAGAUCAAUGUGAUAGUGAGAUAUAAAAGAAAAACUACCUAUAUUUAUACCUUUUUUAUUUCAUGUAUACAUACAUGCCCAGCUUUUUAGUUGAGUUAAUCAAAUAAAAAGCGAAGGGUAAUUUUUACUUCGGCAUUUUUAUAUGGCACUGUUUUUUCUACAAAAAGGUUCGUUUUUUAAUUUGGUUCCUAAAGGCCUUUCAUACAAAAUGAAACGAAUAACAGUGCCAUGUUGUUUCAUAUUAUAUUUAAGCGUGUAUAUACGUAUUGACUAUAACUCUGUUUUAAGAGUUUGUAUAUAGUGUAAGUAAAUUUAAAUAAUUUGUUUAUUACAUAUUUUAAAUUGAAAAUAAAAAAUUACAUGUA